GCUCGAACUUUUCGGAGUGGACGCCCCUUGCUCGGACAGAGGUACCAGAACGAUGGCUUGCGAUAGACAAACGCGACAGGCCUGUAAUCAACCCACCUUACGAGGCCUCGUUCAGCGACAUCAGCCUUGCUCUCCAAUAUGCCGAUGGAUAUUGUGCAAUAUCUGGACUGAAUGAAGAGCCUCGAGGCGCGCACUUAGUUCCUAAAGCUUACGCGUCGUGGUACAACUACCACCGUAUUUUCGAAUACUUCUCGGACGAUGAGAACGACCUCAACAUCGCCUUAGGGCCCGACGCCCGCCCCAUCGAUGACAUUCGGCAAAUCCUCAUCCUGGAGUCUGGCUUGAAAGAAUGCAUGAAUCGACCUUCUUUUGUCUUUGCACCGUUUGGUGACAACUACGUAUCAUUCUUCUUCAUGCCGUGGCACAUUGGAUUGACGCAGAGCUACCACAUGAGCACCGCUAGACUCCCUACUCGUAUUCAGGGAUAUGCAUUGUUUGUCCGGUUUGCUUGGGCAAUGAUACAGAUGACUCUUGUAAAGAAGAGAGGAGGGGGAGAUUACGAAACCGCGCAUGGUUCUGAGCAGUCGACAACGAAUAAAUCGCGUAAAGUUGGACGUGAGCAUGCUAGUGAUCAUGGUGCCCGACCGAGCUCUACUGGAGACAGCUGGACGGAAGCAAGCGCCGAGGGCUUAGAUACUAGUUCUGACAUCAGUGACUGCUCCGAUGCAAUUCUUGACGAUGCACGUUUCGCAAGCGAUGAUAGCGUCUCUAAUACUCAUCAUGAAUCUGUUUUUAAGGCCGACGCUUUCAUUGUUUAUGGACGAUGCCUUGGAAUAUCCGGGAUACAGUGACACUGAAGAGCUCAAACAAAGAUACAUAGCUCCAGUCUCGGCUACGAGAGAACCUUGCGGAUUGGUUCCUUUGUAUGUGUGAGACGAUAGAAUCACUUGCCAGAAGAGUUGUAAAGAAAUUAAUAUAUUUUGCAACGACCGACAGGGUUUGAAUGUAUCUGUGG